AUGGCCGAACUCUUUGGCGUCGCCGCUGGUGUGGCAGGUUUUGUGUCUCUCUUGGUACAGAUCAGUGAGGGCGUCAGCAAGCUGCGAAGUAUCCGCGCCUGUGCGGGCAAGGCCGCGGCCGACAUCAGCACCCUCAUCCGAGAACUGGAUCUCUUGAAACAUGUUAUGCAGGAUGUAAUUGUGCAUGCUUCUGAUCGUGAUGAUUCUGUUCUUCAACAUUGCCAUGCGGACUGCGAUCAAAUCGUUCGAGAGUUGAAGUCGUUGAUCGCGAGAAUCCCGCCACCAUCGAGAAGUACGAAGGCCAACGCGCUCAAGUUCCUUGCUUUCCGGGACUGGACAGAACAUGUGACAGCCCUGCAGCGAAGUAUCCAGGGAGCGAAGAUCAAUUUGAUUCUGAUCACCACGUACAGGAACUCGAACCAGCUGAGAGAGCUGACUCUAGUUAGCCAGAUUCACGCCUCGCCAUCAACAACAAAUCCUACGCAAGAGCCAGCCUCAGAGUUGGUUCCGGCUAUUGCUUCAGACUUAGUACAGUCUCCUGCCGCCUCAGUUGGCAUAGCGUUAAGAAGACGGCAAUUAAGGGCCAGACCCGAGCGAAAUUGUCUUCUGAGACAAUGCUCUUGUGUUUGCCAUCGCAAGAACAGGACGACACGUCGCUUCUGGGCUCUUGAGUAUACGCCUUGGGGUGCUUUUCAGGAGAGCUGCGAUCUGGAAACCUGCAACAUGACGAAAUACGGAGCUUCAGUGAGGCUUGCGUUCUCGCAAUUUGGCAUCAGGUGGGCAGCAGUGCUUGAGGUCUAUGCUAUCACAUCCGCAGGCAGAUUCUCAUUUCGUCCGAAUCUCGAAAUGGAGCAAAUUGUGCCGUACACGUCUCCAGGUUUCGAAAUCAUAUGGAGGUGCCAGAAUUACAGGAUUGAGUUUGAAGAGGCUAGCGAAGGCCUGAUGCAGCUCUACAGAGCAGAUCCGCAAGGUUUCAGACACCACGUGAAUCCAGGUGGGAUGUCUUAUAUCGAGGAGCUUCUGAGGUACCCUUGGGGAUUUGGAAAGAAACAGACUCAAUGGAAACUACUAGGACUCUUCAUGCAGGACUUCAAAAUGACUAAAGGGACUGACAGUGCGGCAUUCCUGGUAAAAUGCGCAGAGUGGAUUGGCGAAGGUCCUCAUUUGGACUUGUUGGAAAUCCUUAUCGAUCUGGGUUACGGCAUCUCCGGAGUUGUUGGGGACUUCUGUGACUGGCCGGCGCUAUCAUCGCCGAACUGGAUCUCAGAACGACUUACACCUGACCCAUUCUUCAUUGAGUACUUCCGAAUUGUGUGCGAACACAACCAAGGAUUCGCUGGAAUGACAGCCCUCCACGAAGCUAUACUACUCGAGUCAACAGAAAUAGUAGCCAAUUGGAUCUCUAAGUCUAGAAAAGACGAGAAGAAUAGCCUCGGGCAGACACCCCUUCACCUGGCUGUUUUAGACCCUCACACCUUGAAAGCACUCAUCAAGUCGGGACAUAACGUCAACAUGACUGACAUACAUGGCAUCACACCUCUAAUGUACGCUGCUGCGGAAAAUCAGGAAGAGUCCGUCGCCCUGCUUAUUGAAGCGGGAGCUGACGUCAACGCAGUCGACACCGAGUACAGACGCGAUUUUCUACACUACGCCGCCGUUCGUAGUCAUUGGAUGCUGAUCUUCAAAUUUCUUGUUCGACUGGAAGACUUUGCCGAUACAAGAAUUGUCGAGAGCUGGGCGGCAGACGCAGUCUUAUUGUAUCAUGUUUCGUACCCUGACAAUCAUGAAAAACGCGAAAUUUCUCUUCAUCAGCUCUUGAUGAAGUGUAGUACGGCCAACUUCACUUUCGAUGAUACGACUUCCGAAACUAAAAACAAUUGUCUCCUACAUUAUGACACCGGCGUCACUGAUCUCGAGGCUUUACUGGAAAAUGGUUUCAAGCUAUUCAACCACAUGAAUAGCGAUGGUCAAACUCCUCUGAUGGUCGCCGCCAAGUCUAGUAAACCUGACUUGGUGAAAAGGCUGGUUGAAAUCGGAGCUGACGUUAACCUCCAGGAUUUACAUCAUCGAACGGCACUACACUUUGCUCUUGGUCAGGUGCAAAACAGCCAAAGGCACGGCUUCUGGAUUGCUAUGGAGACUGUGCGAAUACUGGUAGCCCACGGCGCGAAAGUCUUCACUACAGAUGGCUGCAAAUGCCCUUGCUCAUCCCUUGGCCGACUCUCGGCUGUUGACUUGCUGAAUUCUUCCGGCUUUUGGUGGCAAAGAACAUGGGGUAAAUCUCCUAUCGUGGCAAUGGAGCUUUUGUGCCUCGCAUUGGAAUACAGAGGAGCGCAAGAAGGGAAAGACUUAUUGCUCUCUUUCCUUCGGUGGGAGAAGCAUGAGGAGCUUGGAAUGUCCCACCUUUGCUUUCAGCGUCAUCCAACGGAAGGACUCAAUAGUUUUGUUGAUUCGUUUCGACCACUCUGGCCUCAGGGCGAGGAAAUCGACGCUAUACUCGACGAAGAGUCAGAGUUUCUUGACAUCUUGGAAAGCGAGAUGGAAGAAUUGAGUGCCACGGACUUUGACCACCUGCUCAACGACUGGCUUAGUCAGAUGAAGAGCAGGCUUAACAGCCUGGUUGAGAAAGAAAGCAGAUCAGACACGAAACAUGUGAAAGAGAAGGCGCAAGUCAAGGUAUGA